AUGGCGACAGAAGCUACCCCCACCGAGGUCACCCAGUCUACAUCGAGAUAUCGCAUGCUUCGCGGCAAAAGCAGCUCUUCGCCACGCGUCCUGGACAUUUUCCGCGACAGCGACAAGCUGGAAGAGUCACCGACCCGCAGACUACGAUCUAGCAGCGUACACACUUUGAAAGCUGGGCCAGGCGACAAGAACGUACCAGAUGUGCCACCGUUACCAUCCUACGUGCUUACACCCAAACCAGUCAACAUUCCUCCACCAGCCACGUUCAAGAGUCAGGAUGAGGAAAAAAAGCCCGACAGUGCUGCAGAGGUCCAGAAAGUAGUCGCAGACGACGUGCAUGAAAAGAACUCUACUACCGAGGCGUCUGGCGAGCCGUCUCUACUGCCUCUGCAGCAGACCAAGAGCAAGUCGAAGCGCCUCAUGUUUGGCAAGAAGGAGCUCGAAAGUGAGCCCUUGCCAGGUGCCGAGGGCUUGGAUCUGGAAGUGCAGCGCAAUACCUCUGAGCGACAGAGACCAGAUCCUCCGCGGCUUCAAGCAACCCUUGCUACGCCGCCGCCGCCGCCGAAACGAAAGCCGUCGCUUUUCGGCCUAUUCUCCAAAGGCAAGAAGUUGUCGCCAACCCCGACGCAGCCAGAUACUCCCAGUUCCGUUGCCACGACUGUUUUCACGAGCCGCGGAAGCAGUCUAGAGACGGCAUCCAACCCCGACAGUCUCGGAAUUCCGAGUGUCGUUGACAAGCCGGCUUCAUAUACUACUCAUAGACCGCAAACAACGCCCGUGAUACAUGCGUCGCAAAAUUCUGAGCGGCGUGUGGCUGUUCGAUGUCAAUCUUCCACAAUCAAUCUUGCUGUAGCUAGUGACACCAACGCAGUAGACAUUUUGCUCAUGGCUUCGACCAUGAUGCGCCAUCACAUCAACCCUGCCAGCAGUGUCGUGGUUGAGUCGUACCUCAUGUUGGGUCUUGAACGUCGUUUGCGACGCUACGAGCGUAUUCGCGAUGUCAUGAACACCUGGGACAAGGAUCAUGAGAACUCCUUGUUAAUCCUCGGCUGUCCCGCUUCCAUGAGCGACCACGACCUCGACAUUGACGCCGUCCCCGACUCCAAGGAAGCUCCGCCCGGCUUCACUCUGCAACUGUACCAAUCUUCGCGCCCCGGCAAAUGGAACAAGCGCUGGGUUACCCUGCUGGAAAAUGGCCAAAUGUAUUCGGCCAAGACGGCAGAUGCGCUGCCCGGCGACGCCGCCUGUACUCAGCUCUGCCACAUGGCUGACUUUGACAUUUACUCACCCAAAGAAGCCGAGAUUCGACAGAGUGUCAAGCCACCAAAGAAGUUUUGCUACGCAAUCAAGAGCCAGCAGAAGAGCACGCGAGUCCCUGACGAGGUCAACUUUGUGCAUUACUUUUCGACAGACAAUGAAGAGACUGCCACGCAGUUUUACGACAUGGUGCACCGUUGGCGAAGCUGGCUUCUUGUCGCCAAGAAACUCGCCCUCGACCGAAAGAUGAAUGCUCCCGCACCCCAAAUAACAUUCGGCUCGGCCAAUGGCUCCGACACAUCAGCCGAUGAGAUCAAGUCCGACUCACAGACGACGUCUAGCGCAGCUUCGUCUUUUGGCAUUGGCACGUUUCAGCCGCUUCUGGAUGUGAACAACCUCUCUCAGCUGGCGGAAGAAGCGAGAAAACUGAUGCCGGUUGGGCCGUCAAGAUCCGCCACGGCAGACGAAAAGCAUGAGGCGCGCCAGCCGCCGUGCACGCCGGUUUCCAAAGUCAAGAACCAGCAAGCCAAACCGAGCCUGAAACGAGCCGAGACGGACAAGUAUUCCGGCUCGCCCCCCAACUCAAUGUACCACAACUCGCCUGGGCCUAUUCGGGUGGAUCGUUUGAAGACUAGCCCCAGGGCGGCCAACGCGACGCCGCUCGAAUUCGACGCCUUCAUCUUUGACGCGCCCGAGGAGGAGGAGAAGCCUGACAAGCCCGAUGCGGCCCCCAACGUGCCCGAGGAGCCCGAGCUGAGGUCGUGGUUCCCCUCGGCCGCCGAGCACACGGCAAAGAUUCGAAAACACGAGCCGCCUCCCAUGUUCCGCCGACCAGCCACCGCCGACGCAGCCCUGCACGGCAACCAGCGGCGGCCGAAACCGUCACACUAUAACCGAUCGCACUUUCUGGAGCCGCCGAGACUCUUUGAUGGCUUCGGCGGCGGCGGCGGCGGCGGCGGCGCCCCGUCUUCCAAGCCGACUUCCCUCGCACCGCCCAUCUACAAGCUGCCCGGAACACCCAUGAUGCCUUGUGCGCCGAGACCGCGCCCCAUGGCGCGCUCGAAUACUGGCAUCAGCGGGCCCCCCGAGCCGCAGCACGGUGCGAGGCAACGGAGCCGCUCUACGGCUCCAAGCUCACAUGGUAGACGGCACAUGCCGGAAAAUAUGCCUCCGCUGCCGGCUCUUCCUACUCGGUCCAUGAGUAGAGAUGCUUCAGCGCCGCCCCCAGCGCCGAUAGCACCGCUGAAUAUCCCGUCGCGUUCGUCGCCGCCGCAGCGGGGGCCGGCACUGCAGUCUGUCUCUGGGCAACAAAUCUAG